CUCUGAAGGCCGUCUCGCUCUGACUCUGGCUGUAACCCACCUGAGGCUGCGUGUCUGUAUGUUAAGGCGUGGCUCCUGGGGGACAGUGGAGCUGAGAGCAGGUCGGACGGGAUUCUCCGAGGCUCGCUGUACAACAUGGGACGAGUUUAUGAUCCAUUACUGUGAGAGUGAAGCUGAACUAAUCGAGGAUGAACUGGGGGAAUCUAGAGAGCCUCCUGAGUGGGGUCAACAAGUACUCCACCGUGUUUGGACGCGUCUGGCUGUCCAUGGUGUUCAUCUUCCGGGUGCUGGUGUUCGUGGUGGCGGCGCAGCGCGUUUGGGGCGACGAGAACAAAGACUUUGUGUGCAACACCAGACAACCCGGCUGCACCAAUGUCUGCUACGACAGCAUCUUCCCCAUCUCCCACAUCCGCCUGUGGGCCCUGCAGCUCAUCUUCGCCACCUGCCCGUCGCUGCUGGUGGUGGCCCACGUCAAGUACCGUGAGGAGAGGGACAAGAAGUACUCAGACUCUCACAAAGGCAAUCACCUGUAUGCUAAUCCGGGGAAAAAAAGGGGCGGGCUCUGGUGGACUUACCUGCUGAGCCUGCUGUUUAAAGCCGGGUUCGACGUGGCCUUCCUGUACAUCCUGUACUACAUCUACGACGGGUACGACAUGCCCCAGCUGUCCAAGUGCUCGCUGGAUCCGUGCCCCAACACCGUGGACUGCUUCAUCUCCAGACCCACCGAGAAGAAGAUCUUCACGCUCUUCAUGGUGGUCACCUCCGCCGCCUGCGUCCUCAUGUGCGUGUGUGAGAUGCUGUACCUGAUCGGGAAGCGCACCUGUAAGGUGCUGAUGAUCCGACGGGCCGAGCGGGUGUACCUGGUGGAGCGUGGCGACGUCACUGAUCUGGGAGCUGCUAGGUCCAAACACCAGUGGAAGGACCCGACUCUGGACGAUGAGGAGGAGCAGAAUCUCACCAAACCCAAACAAACACAGGCUGUUAUGGAAAAAACUACCAUUUGAUGAUGAGUGGGAUGGAGGAGUUACUUCCUGUUUACCUCAAUUUCAUCUCAGACAUUAUCACAUACCUGACAUUAUCAGAAACCUGACUUUAUCUGAGUGUUUUGAGCUGUGUAGUCCAAUAGGCUCAGGGUUUGGCACAUUAUAAAACCACUGUAAGCUCUCAGCAAGACUAAGAUGCUGAUACUAGGCUUCCAUCAGCAGCCGGAGUCCGAGAGAGAGAGAGCACAGUUGGUCAUGCUCUCACUACAUACCACUAGUCACCCUGAAUAUGGGUGUCUAUUUAAUUGCCUUUGGGCCUUAAGUUGUUGUUUUAUCAUUUAAUGAUGAUAGUGUGGAGUUAUAGGCUGUGGACUGUUCUGUUUACCUUAAUUUAUUUCAGAUAUUUCAGAUAUUAUCACAUACCUGACUUUACCUGAGUGUUUUAAGCUGUGUAGUCCAAUAGUUAGUUAUACGAUAUAGCUAUGGUAAGUGCUGGCUCAGGGUUGGGUACAUUGGUGUUAUAUUACUCCUUAUACUUUAAAUAGAUUGUUACCAUUAUUGUCAUGUGCUGAGUUACACUAUAUUUUUAUAUAUAACUAUAUUACUUUAAGACUUAUACCUCACUUAAAUUAUGCAACCCCCCCAGCUUUUUUCCAGUCCUUCUGAAUCUGAAACUACUUGGUGUGUUCUUCCAAUGUUUUUGGCUGUGAUACAAAGGUCUUUUAGCCAUUCAGCCAUGGAGUUAUCUCUGAUGGAGCUUUUUGGAAGCAAUCAGCUCUUCAGACAAGGGGAGGAGAUUAGAAACUACAGGGUUCAGAGAAAAAGCUUCUUGUCAGACUGAUUUCCAUGAAUUAAGUUGGGAAUUUUAACUGGAACGCUCCCAAAGUUGGAUUAUAUACUUGGAAAGUCAAGAGAGGGUCAUCAAACCAGAGCUCAGAAUCCAAUAUGGCCGCCCACUCAUCAGCAGUAGUAAGAGCAUUCAGGCCCGUAGCCAGGGGGGAUCGAAGGGUUCGUUCGAUCCC